AUGGCAGGAACAAAGUUCUAUGGUUCGCAAGUCGGCGGCAAACGCGUGACACCUCACUCCUACACAGGCUCACCUCUUGAACUUCUCCGCCAUGACAUCCUCUCAGCCUUCAGCUUCUACAAGCUACUCCCCAACAUCAUCUUGCCCCUAAACCCAUGUCGAUCCGGCGAGUUUUGCGAACUGUACCCCUCGGCUGCAAAUCUCUGGGCCAUGUUCUUGCACCUGAUCCUCUUCUGCAUGCAACUGCCCUUCAUUCUUUCCAUACCCUUCUGGCUUGUGUUCCCGGUAUGGAUGGUGGUUAUCGGGGUAGUGGUGUUCGCGUUGGUCAAUAAUGCGAUAUGCUUCUUGCUAAAUGGCUCGAGGGGGAGGUUUGUGAGUGAGCCGAAGUAUACGGAGAUGAAGGCGGAACAUGAGCACGAGCAGUGGAUAUUUUUGAAUGGUGUAGCUGUGGGGAAACAUUGGAUGCAAUCCAACAUCAACCGCCUGGCCCUCACCUUUGGCCGUCCCGUCCUAGGCGUCCACAACAAAACCAGUGGUGUAAUCUUCGACGUGCUCCAAUGUCUAAUCCAGCGCAACUUCAACUACGCAACCAUGGAUAUCCGCGACGGGUAUAAAAUUGUGAAAUCCACGCUCUACAAUCCAAAUCUCACCAAGGUAAUCUUCAUCCUACACAGCCAAGGCGCAAUAGAAGGCGGCAUGAUCCUAGACUGGCUCCUACAAGAACUCCCCCAAGACCUACUCUCAAAACUAGAAAUCUACACCUUCGGCAACGCAGCCAACCACUUCAACAACCCGCACUUACACCUGCUAUCCCAGCACGCCGCGCUCAAGAACCCGCGUCGAGCUACGCUCACCAGGACAAAAACACAUAUUGAAGAACAUCCUCACCCUAAUCAUCCUCAUCAUCCCCACGGCUAUGUGGAUGGGGAUGAUGUUAAUAUGGACGCAAAGCAUACUACGAAAACCCACCAAACAUCCACAACCCCCCAAGGCAAAACAAUCCACCACAUCGAGCACUACGCCCACACCACGACCCUGUCUCCCGCUGGGGCGUGUUGUAUUUCAUAA